UGUGUGGUCCUCACAAAGAGGCAAAUCUCAGUUGACCACUUCUUUGUAGCAGAAGAAAAGGUAUGCAAGUGCGCUUCACAUAAUUGCAAGUGUUGCUCUUCCAACCACCGAUUUUGCAGGUUUGGAUUUUCUGAACUUGCACCGCAUUUCUCACCUCUUUUUUAUGGUGCUGCUUAUUCGGUUUCUUAUUUUCUUCCUUCCUUCCUUCCUUCCGCUCAAAUUAUAUUUUUUGUCGCAUUUUUGUUACACCCAAUUUUCACCACCCGCGACUUGUAAAAGUCAUCUAGACAGCGUGCACGUAACUUUUGUGCCUGUUUACAGUCUGUGAUCGCUUAAUAUUUUAUCCCGCUCCUAUUUAUUGUUUAUUUUUUAUUCAAACCCCACUUUUUGAUAUAUUUCGAUUUUGCGCGGUGUACAGCUCUUAACAAUGAAGCUGCCUUUUAGCCUUGUAAAAGCCGCCGCAGUGGCCCUGUGCCUGGUCCAGUCGGUCCAGGGCUUUGCAGCAAACUUUACAAAGCGCACAGUCACUUCCAGCAACCUCAUAAACGACUUCCGUGGCGCUGUUCUUAUUCUUGCUGGUGUGCAGACAUCCUGCGAAAUAGCUCUUUUUAACACCCAGUUUGGAGCCACUGCGGCCAGCUGCUUUAUUUUUAAAUCCGACGGCAGCGUAGACAACGACAAGGAUUUUAAAAUUGCCAUCAACAGUCCAACUGACGGAACUUCCAAGAUGUUUACGCUUGACUCCAUUGACGUUCACUCCGACUACGACCCGUCGACGUACGCCAACAACAUUGCCUUUAUCACAUUCAACACCAAAAACUCGCAGUCGUGGUACUCUUUUGUUGGUGCAAACCCUGCUGAGUGGGACAGCGUUCUGUACAGCCACCGCAAAAUGACCAGUGUCAAGGAAAAAACCUGGGGGUCUACAAGUGCCGCUUUCUUGUCGUCCAACAGCGAAUGCAGCGCCAACAGCAACCUGUUCAGUUCAAACUCAAACACCAUGCUGUGCGUUACCAGUGCUGUGACUUCGCCUAUGAACAGCAAUUGCAGGUUACCCUACGGCACCGGCUGGGGUGUAAUGCAGCCCGACGACUUGUCUGUUUCGGCCAUCUACAGUCAUAGCGUUAUUACCGGCGACAGCCUCUGCCAAGCCACGGGGACAUCGUACCAUUACUACACCAUGAUCUACCCGUACAUUGCAUGGGCUAAAAGAAAGGUUGGGAUAGACAUUGACACGUUCUGGCUUGAUAACUCUUAUUCUCUGAAAGGCGACACCUCAUUCAGCAUGAAAAACGCCGCCGGGGCAAGCAAAUCUGGGAUCAAGCUGGUUUCUGGCGAUUUUUACCCCAUGCACCGAAACUAUGUUCCUACCGCUGUUUCAACUCCGACCCCAACUCCAACUCCAACUCCGACCAAGUCAUCUACAAAGAUUGAGGUAAUUAAAACCACAGCUCCCAGCAAUGGUGAUAGCAACUCGGGCGGUAAUACGGGUGACAGCAACAGCAACGGCAACAGCAACAACAGCAACGACAACAACAACAACGACAACAACAACAACGACAGCAACGACAACAGCAACAGCAACAACAACGACAACAGCAAUAACAACUCGGGCAACGGCAGCUCAGGGGGCAGCACCGGCGGGUCUAAAGACAGCAGUUCCAGCACCAACAACAGUUCAAAGUCAGUGAGUAGAGCGAGCAGUAGCAGCCAUCAGACCACUCGUGCCCCCUCAGCCAACAACGAAGACUCUGACGACUCGGGAGAUGUUAUCGUGGAAAAAGAUAACGAACAAAUAAUUGAAGAUGGAGACUUUGUCACUGUCAACGGAAGCAUUAUUCCAAUUGCUGAGCUUUUAACUAAUCCUGGCAUGUCGGACCUUGAGAUUACCCGCGUACUGUACCUCACCAAGACCGAUUCAAACGGCAAGCUUGUUUUGGUAUCAAAUAUUGAGGUCGAAACCUACGCUUACGCCGAUUACAUGGACAACGACGACGACGAUAUAAUUGAUGACCCUGUUGACGAGAUUGUCCCCGAUGGUGGAAUAAAGAGCUCGCAGAAUAAUGCCAACGCAAAGGCAAGAAGUGGCAAUGAGUUGAGCCGCGGCGCUAUCAUUGCCGUCAGUGUUGUUGUUCCUCUUGCCACCAUUUUCAUACUGAUUGGCAUGUACUUCUUGCACAAGUGGUGGCGCAGACGCCGCAACGCCAUGAGCUGGGAUCCCAAGAAUGAGACUGCCAACCUUAACAACAAGAGAAUGCUCGACGAAAUCUCCGUUUACGACGGCGCCGAAACCGAGGCCAAUCCAGAAUUUAACAAUGUUGCUGUACCUGCACCUGUUUAUGUCCCUGUCACUGAACGCAUUACCAGAGACAGUCACGACAUUUCUCUUCCAAACUAUGAGGCACAUGGCUUUGAAAACCUUGUUUUGCCAUCUGAAAAGCCAGUCGCAGGUUGAGUCGCUUUGAUUUGGGCGUAUACUUGUUUAUCUAAAUUUAAUUUAUUAUGUUGUCUACAUUCUAUUACCUGCAUUUAACCCGAAUUAUAUAAUAUAUAAA